CUUUCACUACUCUGGCAGCUCUCUUAAAAAAAAAACAAGCAUUUUGAUUAUAACACAUUUUCUUCAAUUUUGUUAGCAAAAUUACAAAAUUUUCGCUUUUACUGGCUGCUUUACUAUUGAAAACACAUCUUAGACAAUGGCCAAGGCGAUACCCGACCGCUGGCUGAACUACAGUCCGAUCGGCGAAAGAGUUCCUGGGACGCGUUUCAUCGCCUUCAAGGUGCCACUGCAAGAGCAUGUCAACGCCAGGGUGGCGGAGAAGCUGCGCCUGGCGCCCCAGUCGCUGAUGGAAUCGGUGCCGAAUCUGGGCCUGAUCAUCGAUCUGACCAACACGAAUCGCUACUAUCAUCCGAGUGCCUUUGCCGCCAACGAUGUGCGACAUCGGAAGCUAAUGAUUCCGGGGAAACAGACGCCAUCACGAGCCUUGGCUGAAAGAUUCUGUGGCUUCGUAGCCGAUUUCCUUGCCAGCAAUGCGGAUAAUGACAAACUGAUAGGAGUUCAUUGUACACACGGCGUGAAUCGUACUGGUUACCUAAUCUGCUACUUCAUGAUCACCAUGAUGAAGAAGUCACCCAAAGAGGCUAUAGAAACCUUUGCUGCUGCCCGUGGCCACAAAAUUGAGCGUCAAAACUACAUGAGUUCCCUGAAAGACCUCCAGCAGAAGGACGAAAAGGAACCAAGUAUAAAGAACGAUGGCAGUGGCAAAUGUGAUUACAAUCGAAGAUCACCAUAUAGAAAAGAAUCUAGAGAUAGAUGGGAACAGGAGCGGCAUAAUCAGAGAAAUGGAGGCUAUCGCCACGAGUCUACUAACAGAGACCAAGAGCAGAACUGGAGAACUGAAAACUGGAGAGCCCGCUUUAAUGGCUAUCAAAGGGCGUCAUACCACUCCAGAGACAAUCACUCAACUGACCGGACCCACCAGCGAUUCGAUAGAAAUUUUAGGGAUCAUAGUUCCCACAAAUGGCAGGACUACCGAAGAGAUGAUUAUGAUAAUCAUUAUGCGAGAGAAGAUCAUGAUCAUUACAGAAGCUCCAAGUGGCGACAGGAUUGCGAGAAGCGUCAGGAUAGAUUCCAAGACAACCGAUCGAGAGGCUACAAUCAAAAGUACUAUCAAAACCAGCACCACCAGCGGGAUGAGACGAGAGGGAGCUACAGCAGAUGGCGUCAUCACGAUAACGAUGUAGAGUAGCUGCUAGGUAUCCCGAAACAAGCUUAUAAUUCGUAAUAAAUAACGCAUUGACAGUUUUGGCCAAUUUGCAAAUUAUGCCUAA